AUAUCUUUCCGCUAUGAUGUGAGCCGAUGAACUGUCAUUGUGAGCAAGCAACAAUUACAGCGAGUUAUUUUCUACUACUUGGAUGUUAAACUCGAGACACUUCGCUUCGAAUAAGCGUUAGGUCUAAUUAGCCAACAUGGUGCGAGUGUGUAUCGAUCAGAUAGAGUGGAGAAAUUAUAUUAUUUGGAAUAUACUUCUGAUUUUAUUUUCCAAAGAUGUACAUGGAUUUGUCAAUGUUCGUCUUGAGAAUGGAAAUGGAAAUGGAGCGCAUGAAGGAAGCGUUGAGAUCACUACUGAUCUAUACAACUGGCAGAUAAUAUGCGGAAGCAGCGAAUUCGAUAUACUGGAUGUAAUCGUGAUUUGUCGGCAACUAGGUUAUCCGGGUGCUAACCGGGCUUUGGCGAGCAGUCCAUACCCGGCAGGCAAUUACCCGAUGUCUACGACUGCGUUCCGUUGCUCCGGGAAUGAAUAUCAUCUAAAUAACUGUUCCUACAUCGAAACCCGAUGUGCUUCUCGACAGGUAGCCGGUGCUGUAUGCUAUAGACAGGAUAGCGGAUACCUGGGCUGUUUUACCGACUUGUUCACCGAUCCGGUGUUGACAGGGGCAGACGCAAUCGACUCGGCUAUGACGCGUUCUCGAUGUCUUGAUUUCUGCAUCACCAAUGGAUUCGUGUACGCGGGGUUGAAGUUCGGGACAAAGUGUACUUGCGGGAGUGAAGGUGUCGAUUACGCGAGGUACGGGAAAAUAAGUGAUUCCGAAUGUCAUUAUCGGUGUGGGGGAGCUCCUUCAGAAAGUUGUGGAGGAUACGAGACACUCGCUGUUUUCAGAGUUGCGAGUAAUAGACCAAGGCCUACUAGUCGUCCCAUGACGACUCUGACGUCAUUUUAUCAAAACGGACGGACCACAACGAAAGGCACUGGAUACAACCGUACACAACCGGAAGUCACAUAUGGUUACCCAAGCACCCCCGCGGUGACGGUCAGGAUGGUGGCAAAGGAAGGAAAUUUCAUCAACCAGCCAUCCGGUAUAGCUGUUGUCAUUUCAUUAUCCGCAAUCACAGUUAUCCUCGUUUUAGCAGUCGUCUUCCUCGUGCGAAGAAGGUCAUCACCACCUGAUUCUAAAAGAAAGCCCAGUAAUCGUCCUUACGAAGAAAUAACCCUUGAUAUUAAAGAAAUAGAAAGCCCGGAAACGACGCCCAACAAUUACUGUGAAAACGGGGACGUUCCUCUGAGCACACCGUUAGUCAUCACACCUAGGAGCCAUACAUACGAGCAGGCCGACCUGUUUUCAUACGGCGAAAGGAAUUCUGAAAUGUACAGCACUGUCCCAGACGUGGUUUCCGAAAGUUCGUCAUCUGCUCCGGAAAGCCGAAGCAAGCCGACGACUCCUCCAGCAAUUCGCGAUCUCUACGCGAAGCCGCAUAAGGAGAGGGCGCGGCGCGUGCCGAGGAAAGACACGGGUUAUGAAACGAUUGAAGACGAGGACUUACGAGUCGACCCGAAGAGCUACCUCGGAGGUGGUCGGGGGGUUUCCGAUGGGGAUGGUGGACCCGAGAGCAGCCACACUGGGUACUCGACCAUAGAAAAUGGCGGGGAUCUCGAGGAAAGCUUAAACCUUGAUGAAAUGUAUGCAAAACCUCUGAAGAAAGAACAUCGAAAGGCUGUUCGAGAGGACAGCUUUGACGAGACUUGUAUGGUUGAAAAUGAACUUUAUACAUCAACUGACUCAUAACCCCGAGAAUAUUUGAAUAUUGUAAUAAGUAAAUAUUUAUUGCGUACCUAUGGACUUUAUGCAUAAUUUUGAUAGACGAAUAUGUCGUUUCCCAGGAAUGCAAGAAAUAGAUUUAUAAAUAUAUACCCUCAUAAUUAUUUUGUACAAGUAUAUGUGUGUGGUAUGAUAAAUGUGUCUAAAACUUACAUGACGAAGAGCCUAUAUUCUGGAGACAUCAAAGUCUUGAUGAGAACUUUUUCAUAAAAUCAUUUUAUAUUUUAAAGGCACGUGGAUAAUUUUGCUAACCUCAUUGCCAUGAUUGCGAAUGUGGGGAAUCUUCGGGAAGUCAGUCUUUCAAGAAUAAGCCCCACGCCUCUUGACUUGAAAAUAUAUAACAUCUUAUUUUCAAUCUGAUAAAAGAGGCUUGGACACAAUGAGCAUGCCCCAAAAAAUGAAUCUUCUACCAGAGCAUGUGUCAAAAGUUAAGAAACAACAAGUCAGUUGAACUGCCCUGGCCCAUUCCCUGCCAUACAUAGGCAAAAAUCAUUUCUACAUGUACUCGGAUUAAAGUCUGUGACAGCGUUGUUCUGGGCCUCGUCUUACAAAGAGCUACGAUUGAUCCAAUCAACCUCAACUAUAUGGAAAUCCAACAAUGCUUUUCUCUACAGGCAAUUGCACAAUGUUCUCUGUAAACAAAGAAAGAGAAGCACACUAAAUUUUCCAGAAAAUGAUGAGUGUAUAUGAUUAAACAUCAUCGAAAAUAUUUUGAACAAACUCAUUUUAAUCAAUCAAUCGUAACUAUUUGUGAGACGGGGCCCAGAUGGAAGCAAACACAACUCGAAUGUAAACAAGACCUUUUUUUCUGGAGGUUUGCUUUGCAUUUUACACCAUGUCCGAUAGCCCAACGAUUGCCGAUACUGGUUGAAAUACGUAUCUUGCACUGCAGCAUGCGAUCCUAAAUAUGCGACAGGUUCGCCAUAUUUUGCAAUGCAUGUUCUUUAAAAUUUGAGAGCUUCUUCUUCCAAUGUGUGAUGUUGAUUUUUUUCCCACCACUCGUUCACCAUGCUCCGGAGAUGAUGACGACAUUUGUUUGAUGAAUUCGAACAAGAAGACAGGGAAAUGACGAAACCAGACAUUUUCACGAAGUGUCCCAAGAGUCCCAAAUCGAUUGAAAACAUAUUUUUCCCGAUAUUUGAGAGUCGAGUUGUUCAGGGUUUCAAACGACUUCUUAGGUAUACUGUUGUGGCAUUACAAAUUCAAUUACGUACUUUCCUUAGCCACAGAAAUAAAAGAUAAUGCUUUGACGCUUUUAUUUCAAAAUUAGUUUCUGUCCACUGAAACCCUCUUGGCUUAAAAAAAAAGGUGAAGGACAAAGGUAUGCAUUAUUACAGAUGAAAGCUACAUUAAUUUCAAAGAUGUAUCGUCAACAUACACUUACUUUACUUAGCUACACUUCAUCACCUCCGACGUCAACAUCAUCCUCAUCCUCGUCGUCAUCAUUACCACGAAAAUCACAAUGAUCACCACUAACUUUUUUUUAAUUUUUAUUACCAACUUAAAAAUAAACAUCACCGUUGCAACCGUCUCUGCCUUUUCCCUCCCACUCCCCGUCUUUCUCUCUCUCUAUCUCUCUUUCUGCCCCCCUCCUCUCUUUUUUUCUCUCCGUCUCUCUAUCUCUACAUCAUUUUACCAAGGCUUAGCAGUUUGAAAAAUAUCGGAGGUGUAGAGAGUUGAGACAAUUGCAUAUCAUAUUAUUUUCAUUAAAUAACAAACAUUAUACAUGUUAUAUGAAUUUGCAAUUCAAUGAUUUAUUUCUAGAUUUUUGUAUAGUGCCUAUCUAUGAAAUAUCGUUGUGUUUAUAAGACUGAAAACAAUUCUUAAAACUACUAUUUGCAUAAA